UGGGGACCACAAGAGGCGCGGGGGGGGGGAAAUCUUGAGUACUCGAUCGCGGAUAGAUCUCUUCCCCCGCUUCGUCGGGACUCGCAGCAGCCCCGUCCUUGCAAGAUUCCCUCGCUCUCCCACCUCCCCUUGUUGCAAGGUUCUAAAACAACAAAGAACGCUCCCCCGCCCGCCCAGGCUGCCGCAGCGUUCGAGCAAAGCCCGCAACGUUCCGUCCGCCGCGGCCGCUUGUUUGCAACGUUCCAUUCCUCCCCUCCUCCGCCGCCACCUCCUCCCUCUUCCCCCGCCCCGCAUCGUCGCAACGUUCUAUCCCCUCCCCCUCCACUCUCUCUGGAUUGUUGCAACGUUCCAUCCGCUGCUUGCUCGCCGACGUUCCAAAGCAGGCCGCGGGCGUUCGAUCGGCAACAGCGGGGCUUUCUCGGGUUUCAGUCCGCAUCCUCCGGCUCCCACGCUCUCCCGUCUCUUCCCCCUCACGUGUCCCGGGCUCCCAGCUGGGGAAGGAGGGGAGGGAGAGAGAAUCGCUCGCUCGCUUUCCUCCUCACAUGACCCGAGUGUUUGUCCCCGUGAUCAGCGCCUCGGCUCCCGUGUCUCCUCCGCGUCCCCUCUACCUCCAUCCGGCGUGAGAUUUAAACUUCAUCCCUUCCUCCUCUCCCACCCCUUUCCCCCUGGUGCUGCGGGGGCCUCUCCCCCCCUCUCCCUUCCCCCCUCCCUCUCCCCCCCUUCCCCUCUCCCCCCAUGGACAUGCUGGAUCCCGGCCUGGACACAGCCACCGCCUCCGCUGCAUCCAGCCACGAGAAAGGUCAAGAAGGUGAAGAGGGAGUCGAGCUGCAGGAAGGAGACGGCACAAAUGCGGACGAGCAGACUGCAGUGGCGAUCGCCAGUGUCCAGCAAGCAGCAUUUACAGACCAUAAUAUACAGUACCAGUUCCGCACAGAGAACAAUGGAGGACAGGUGACAUAUAGAGUCGUUCAGGUGACGGACAGUCAGCUGGAUGGACAGACAGAUGCGACGGGGGCAGUCAGUGUGGUCUCAACAGCGGCUUUUACCGGCGGCCAGCAAGCUGUUGCUCAGGCUGUGAUCCAGAACCCCUUCAGCAAUGGCGGAAGCCCAGCCACGGAUGCCGUCAGCGGGGAGGCCCGGUUUGCGUACUUCCCUGCCUCCACAGUGGGGGAUGCCACAGCGGUGUCAGUGCAGACAACAGAUCAGUCGCUGACACAAGCUGGAGGCCAGUUCUAUGUGAUGAUGACCCCGCAAGACGUGUUGCAGACAGGAACUCAACGCACCAUCGCCCCUCGCACCCACCCUUAUUCCCCGAAAAUGGACGGGACACGGACGCCGCGGGACGAGAGGAGGAGAGCCCAGCACAAUGAAGUUGAACGGAGGAGGCGAGACAAGAUCAAUAACUGGAUCGUCCAGCUAUCAAAAAUCAUUCCAGACUGCAAUACAGACAACAGCAAGACGGGGGCGGGAGAAGGAUGGCAUUCACAUUUGACAGGAGAAAACCUCAGUUGUCGUGAAAAGAAUGAGAUACACAAAAGCAAAGGGGGCAUCCUCUCCAAGGCCUGUGACUAUAUCCGUGAACUGCGGCAGACAAACCAGCGCAUGCAAGAGACCUUCAAAGAAGCUGAGAGGCUACAGAUGGAUAAUGACUUGUUACGGCAGCAGAUUGAGGAGCUGAAGAAUGAAAACGCCCUUCUCAGAGCACAGCUGCAGCAACACGGGAUUGAGAUUGUGGGGGACACCCCAGGGCAGUAAAAAAAAACCCCACACACGUUUUGCCACUGCCUCUUUACACGGGAUCUCAACCUCCAGUUCUUCUCGUCCUUUUGUAUAGAACCACCCUCCCCUGAAUGAACCUUGCCUCGUUUCCCCUCCUGUGGGGAAUAAUAGAGGGGAGGGAUAAAUUGGGAGCGGGGACGAGGUGAAAGAGCCUGAUCAGGUGGCCGGUUAGCCAUGCCAGCCUUUGCUACUGCUACAAAAGGGCCCCUCAGCCUCCCCACAGUUCCCCUCCCCACUUCCUUUCCUUUCCUUAGGCUAUAUGAAGAUGAAACAGGCGAAACCUGGAUUUUUUAUAGUAGAUUUUUAACACAAGUUAGCUGACUUCCCCUUCUUUUCCUCUUCCCUCAGCCCCCUUUUCCUCCUCUGCUAGAUCUCUGGGGUGGGGGCAUUCCCCUCCCCUGAGCGUGGUUGUUCAAAAGCUAUUGGAUUCAGUCUGCUUUUUCUUUUGACAGUUGUGCAUCUCUGAAUCUCACGAUGAACCAUGUUGAUGAGCCAGUCGUUUUGGUUUGGCCCUGAAAAGCGGGAAGGAGGAGGAGGGAUUUGGUUUCUCAGGUUUGGCCCCCACGGUUUGGACACAGUCUGCAGGUUAGGUGGCCCCUGCUUUUGGAGACAUCCUGAAACGAAUGCUACUUGUGCAAAAGCACGCAUUGCGCUUACCUGCGUGCUCAUGCACCUUCAUUUUACCGUGGGCAAAGUUCAGCAGUGGUUAGCUGGGAUUCAACUUGCAGUCAGAGCAACAGAACAUUGGUUGGAUUGUGCCUUGUGUCAAGAAUGGGGAGAUUGCAGUUCAGUGUUGCCUCUUAACCACAUCUGUCCUCUUAACUCUCAUACCACUAAAAAAAAAAAAUGACAAUAAUUAAGGCAGAGUGGCUGACAGCCCUAAUUCUUACUACUGUCUCCUUCCCUCCCUCCCUUUCUUUUGUUGUCUUUCUUGUAAGUAAUCUUUUAUUUUAUUAGUUUCCAAGCGCGUUUGUAUAGAGGUACGGUGUUUGUAUGAUAGCUGUAACCCAGGCAGUUAGGAAAAGGUUUUUUUUAGUGGUGGAUCGAAUUGACAACAGGGUUGCUUUUGUGUGUGUUUUUGAUAUUAUAUAAUUUUUUAAUUAAACUUCAGCAGUGUUUUAGGAUUUCAGGUUAAAAAGAUAAUCAGGAGAUGAAUUUUUUUUAAAAAAGAAGUAAUCUCCUAUAUUUUGGGUUCGCCCCCCCAUUCCCUGCUUCUAUACAGAUUUUUUGUUAAGAAAAGAAGAUAAAUGGUUCCUAAAAUUAUAAAAUAAUAUUAUUGUAAUAGCAAGUUCCCUAGGUUUGAUUUUUGUUUUUAUAUCUAUAUAUACCAGCCCUGUUGAAAAAAAAAAUAAUGCUCUAGAUUAAUCACAAUUGAAUUUGUGGAAAUCUUUGUACCCAAAUAUCAGUCUUGCUCUGAACCCUCCCCCCCCCAAUAAAUGUGAGGAGGGGAGAGGUUAAAUCAAGGGAAAACGCAAAUGAUAUAUCAAACAAGAAAAAAGAAAGAAAUGAGUUGGCUUGCAGGGUUUGAUUGUUGGAAAGUAGAAAGAAAUUCUGUUUAUAUAUAAAAGGAAAGAAAAACCUGCACAGAAAUAAUAUUGUUUCAAAUCA